GUAUAACUCCGUAAACACACUGCGCAUGCAGCGCUUUCCAAGCACUGGUAGGGCACUGGGCAUGCAGACAGCCCACCAGAGGGGAAGAAUCAGGAGAAAAGGGAUGCAAGAUCCCAGAGGAGCUAAGAAUUGAGUUCGCUGCAGACUCAUAAGGAUUCGCUGCUGAUAACAGCUGCUUCUGGGAUCAGCCAGAAAGUGGUGAUGCAAAGAACUCAUUCCAAGCUUUGAUCUUUUCUGCACUGCCUGCCAAAGCAGAACCUGGAGAAAUACCCACGUUUGGGGGAUGAGAGGAAGAAGAUAAAUCAGCAAAGAAAAUAGUGAUAAGAAAGAUCUCUAGAUGCAAAAUGUUUAUUUUUUUAAAAUGAGGAUGCCAUCUGUGACUUUCAAGAGCCAUAAAGUGAUACAAGUGACUCAAGUUAUCAAAGGAAAAAUUUAGUGAAAGAAAAAAAUGCAUUAAGUAAAACUACUUGAGAAUUCUAAAUUGUUUGAUAAGGUCUCUCUCUGUCACCCAGGCUGGAUAGAGUGUGGUGGCAUGAACAUGGCUUAUUGCAGCCUGAAUUUCCCCGGGCUCAGGUGAUCCUCCCACCUCAGCCUCCUGAAUAGCUGGGACUACAGCACUUUGGGAGGCCAAGACAGACGGAUCGCCGGAGCUCAGGAGUUCGAGACAAGCUUGGGCAACAUGAUGCAGAACCCAGGGAUAUGGAGAGCCAAUUGUAUUUGUAAAACACUUAGAAUGGUGCCUGACACGUGAGUUGCCUUGUCUAAUUCCAGCCCUAUGAUAGCUACCCAAGACUGUUAUAACCUCCAGUGAUCAAGUUCUUUGGAUAAGCAAAGAGGGAGGACGUAAAGUGUGUGGAAAAGACCCCUCCUCUCCACUCUUGUUGCAAGGACACAAACGGGAUGAAAGUCCAGGGCUGGGACUUCCUCCUUGGUAUGUUUGACAAGGACUGACGUACUCUAGGCCCUUUGAAUCCCGGAAGUCCAGGACACACCCAACCUUGAUUACAGUGUCCAGAAUGCUGCAGCGUAGGUGAAAGGACAAAAGCCAGACACAUUUCAACAUGAGGGACCCACUGACAGAUUGUCCGUAUAAUAAAGUAUACAAGAACCUAAAGGAGUUUUCUCAAAAUGGAGAGAAUUUCUGCAAACAGGUCACAUCUGUUCUUCAGCAAAGGGCAAACCUGGAAAUUAGCUAUGCCAAAGGACUUCAGAAACUGGCAAGCAAGCUGAGCAAAGCAUUACAGAACACGAGAAAAAGCUGUGUCAGCAGUGCCUGGGCCUGGGCCUCAGAGGGAAUGAAAUCCACAGCGGACCUGCAUCAAAAACUUGGCAAAGCAAUUGAAUUGGAAGCAAUAAAACCGACUUAUCAAGUUCUAAAUGUACAAGAGAAGAAGAGAAAAUCACUUGACAAUGAAGUUGAAAAGACAGCAAAUCUUGUCAUUAGCAACUGGAAUCAGCAAAUUAAGGCCAAGAAGAAAUUAAUGGUUAGUACCAAGAAACAUGAAGCACUUUUCCAGCUUGUAGAAAGCUCCAAGCAAUCUAUGACUGAGAAGGAGAAGCGGAAGCUCCUCAAUAAACUGACAAAAUCAACUGAAAAGUUGGAAAAGGAAGAUGAAAAUUACUACCAAAAAAACAUGGCGGGUUAUUCUACCAGACUGAAAUGGGAAAACACACUAGAGAACUGCUACCAGAGCAUUCUGGAGCUGGAGAAGGAAAGAAUUCAACUUUUAUGCAAUAACUUAAACCAGUACAGCCAACAUAUUUCUCUUUUUGGCCAAACCCUGACCACAUGCCACACGCAGAUUCACUGUGCCAUCAGCAAGAUUGACAUUGAAAAAGAUAUCCAGGCUCUAAUGGAAGAAACUGCAAUUUUAUCUACAGAAAACAAAUCUGAGUUCCUGUUAACAGAUUACUUUGAAGAAGAUCCUAACAGUGCAAUGGAUAAAGAGAGACGAAAGUCUUUACUAAAACCGAAAUUAUUGAGACUGCAGAGAGACAUUGAAAAAACCUCAAAAGACAAGGAAGGCCUGGAACGAAUGCUUAAAACGUACUCCAGCAACUCCUCCUUCUCUGAUGCAAAGAGCCAGAAAGACACAGCAGCGUUAAUGGAUGAGAACAAUUUGAAACUAGACCUUUUGGAAGCAAACUCCUACAAACUGUCAUCAAUGUUAGCAGAACUUGAGCAAAGACCUCAACCCAGCCAUCCUUGUAGUAACUCCAUCUUCAGGUGGAGGGAAAAGGAGCAUACUCAUAGCUAUGUGAAAAUAUCUCGGCCUUUUUUAAUGAAGAGAUUAGAAAAUAUUGUGAGCAAGGCAUCUUCUGGUGGCCAGAGCAAUCCAGGUUCUUCAACUCCAGCCCCUGGUGCAGCCCAGUUCAGCAGCAGACUUUGCAAGGCCUUAUAUUCUUUUCAAGCCAGGCAAGAUGAUGAGUUGAAUUUGGAAAAGGGUGACAUUGUGAUUAUACACGAGAAAAAAGAAGAAGGAUGGUGGUUUGGAUCUUUGAAUGGGAAAAAAGGCCAUUUUCCUGCCGCUUAUGUGGAGGAGUUACCUUCAAAUGCUGGCGACACAGCUAAAAAGGCAUAAAACAAGACUCUGAACAUCCUACCUUCACACUCGGUAACCAACAAUACAGUGUGGUUCAAAUAAGAAUAAAGUGCUGUUAUCUUUA